AUGCAACCCACGGAUUCCAGCAGCUCAGAAAGUGUCUACAGCACGAUUUUGUAUAAUCUCGUCCCAGUGGAACCCAUUUUAAUCAGAGGGAACGGCCAUGUGACGCUGUUUGGUCUGAACAACCACUACAGUCCCGUGAUUCCCAGCAGACUCCGGACCCGAUUGGCCCCCGAAGAGUUCGAAAUGACGAUUGUUCUCAUCAAUAAGGUGCUGCGGCGCCAGUUCAUCAACAACAUAUUUUGGUUCCUUUGCGGUUGCAUCACCUUUUGCUGCACCCUGGGGUGCUCCAUGUGCCCGGUGAUCUAUUUCAGUAAGCGGACGCUGCGAUCGCUGCAUAAAACACUCAAAUCGGAGAACAAUCGCCUGUAUAACAAGCUCGGAAUGCACUGGUCGCUACAUAAGCUGCAUUUUGGGCCUUUUAAUUUAGUUGAAUAUAUUUUAGUGAUUAAUUUUUUGCCCCGGCCUGAGAUUUAUAUUCCGGAUUAG